GUGGACUCGGGGGCAGUGUGUCUGCGCAGGUGCAGGUGCGUCUGGAGGUCAGUAAUCCACAGGAGGGUCGUGACCUUUCGCAGCUCUGCAUCCGUGACUCUGUGUCUGGGGUCACUCUGCUGCAGACCAAUGGCAGCGUCCAGGAGAGAGGCUUCCAGACCUUCAGCACAGACUCACUGCGUGCUGGCUCUCAGUAUGUGGUUUUGUACAGGAUGAGUGCGAAAGGAAACGGAGACUCUCAACUCUCAACAGAGAUUCUCAGUCUCCCUGCGUUUCUGACCUUCUCCAACGCCACUCAGAAUGACAUUCAUCUGUUUGGUCCAGUCAUCGCCAAUUUCACUGUGAGGGUAAACCCAACUGAACAGGCUGGUGCGGAUCGCUCUCUUCUCCUCGUGGGGUUCACCGUCUCGUUCCUCCUGACUCUUCUGUUGCUGUGUCUGGCUGUGGUCAGUGUGAAGUACCUGCAGCGCAGCACACACACGAGACACACCAUCAAUGAAGAGGCGGGGCCAUGCGAGUGUGACAUCACUGCUGCAGCCAAUGAGGAGGCAGCGUUUGAAGAUAAGUUUGUGGAUAUUGUGAUGUUGGAAGAUCCACAAAACAUGAUUCCAGUGCUUGACAGUCUGCAGAUGUCGAGUGUGUUGCGUGCGGCGGUGUGGGUGGAGCGAGUGCGAGUGCAGAUGUUUAAGGGGCUGCUGUCUGUGCUGCUGGCGGGUGUUCGGGCGGCGGGGCGUCUGAGUGACCCGGGCGAGAGGCGUGUUCUGGGGGUCAUUAAUGGGCAGAUCGUGGGGAUGGAAGGGAAGGUCCAGGAGGAGCAUGUGGCGCGGAUGGCUGCGCUCGCUGCUCAGUGUAACCUGGAGACGCAGGAGGAGAUGGAAACACAGCAGCGCAAACACAUGAGUGAAACAGCACACGCAGAACAACUGUUCCAGCACGCACCGCUGCAGGACGUGCUGGAGGUUCGUUCUCUACUGGAGAAGCUGCAUAAGGAAGAGCUGAAGCGCCUGCAGAAGCGGCUCCUGGUCCGGCAUGAACACGCGUCUGCACAGGCUCACAGACAGCAGGCGCUGCGCCGGCGCUUUGAGCUGCACAAGAUCUUCGGUGAGGAGCUGGAGGAGGCGGCUCGGACCGGAGAGCUGGAGAAAAGCACUGCAGACCAACUCCUGAUGCAGUACUACAGCCGUCAGGAUGCUCUGGAGGAGGUGCUUGAUGUCCUUCUGGCCAAUCAGAGAGCGCUGCUGGCUGAACGACACGUGCAGCGCCGCUUCCUGCUGCAGAGUUUCCAGAGUCUUCAGGCCGUGACGAGUGAGGCGUUCAGCAGCAGCGCGCGACGCAUCAGAGAUGCACAAACACACGGGGAGUGUGGUUUCUCCCAACAGUGUUUGGAUGUUCAUCUGGAGAUUCUGCGGGUCAAACAGAAUUUAGAAGAAAGCGUGAGUCGUGAGCGCAGCGCCAUCCGCUGUGACAUCAUCAAGAAUAGACGACAGCUGCUGUCUGAGAAGGUGUGUGAACACUGGCAUCAGCUGCAGGCGGUGAGCGCUUCCUCUGAUGUCACGGUGGAGCAGUACCUGCAGAAAUGGACCGAAAUCCUGAUGUACCAGAGCAAUGAACUCUCAGAACUCAUCAAUCACCUGGAUGAAGAGACGGCAGGCAGGACACGCAAGAUGAGUCUGUGUGUGCUGCAGGCGUCACUGGCCGAGCUGAAGGUGCAUGUGUCUGCGUGGUGUCCAGGAGCUGCGCAGCUGCUGCCGCAGACGGAGCAGAUUCAGGAGCGUCUGCAGUGUUUGGGGAAGGCAGCGUCCCGCGAGCUGCGAUCCGCUCAGAGCUGCAUCCGACAGCAUCAGCAGCAGGAGCUUGAUCAGCAGCGCAGCAUCAGAGACGCCUUCUCACAAUACUGCAGCUGCGUGUGUGCGUGUGUGCGCUCUCUCUCGUGUGAGCAGAGUGUGCGUCUGCAGCUGGAGUGUGUGAAGGCUGCGUGUCGUCUGGAUCGCUGUCUCGCUCUUCCACACGCUGUCUGUGAGCUCAAACAGCACGACACUGACCCCAGUGACCCCACCGUGACCCCUACAGAGGAGGAGACGGAGAGGUCAGAGGUCACAGAGCUGCAGUGUUUCCAGAGGCGUCUGCAGGAGCGUCUGCAGCAGAGCGACACACGGAGCGACGCGCCGCAGCGGGCGUGGCACGAGGCGAGUGUGUUUCAGGAGCAGCAGCUGCGUGUGUGUCAGGAGUGUGUGGCCGUGUUUGUGGCGUCGCUGCAGUGGGAACAUGCAGAGAAGAAAACUAAAGUGACGGAGACACACACAGCCCUACUGCAUCUACAAACACUCCUGAGACCAGAGAUACUUCACACUGACAUCACACACACCAUCAACACACACCGGCUGGCUCUUGAGGAGGCGGAGCUCCGGCUUCAGUGGGAGGAGUCAGUGGAUGGGCGGGUCUGUGUGAGCUCAGAUGAUAAGGAUGAUGAUGAAGAGGAGGAUGUAUUCAUGGUGGACGGUGGAGUCGCGGCUGUCCUGCAGGAGGCGCUCUUCAGGAGGCAGCGGGUGAUUGACAGAGUGCUGCGGAGGAAUCAGACACUCGAGCAUCAACAAGAUCAGCUUCAGCUGAAGAGACUGCAGACGUACUGCGAGCAGGAUCUGGAGUUUACAGCAGCGUUGGUCAAACAGUCUCUGAUGUCUGUUCCUGAUCUCCACAAAGUCCUGCGGCUCCUGCUUCCUACAGUACCUGAAGGAGAACUGCUGUCACUCGUAGAUGCACUAGGACCCAGAGCAGGGGAAUCAGGAAGCUGCUCAUCUCUGGCAGACAGACUGAGACAUGACGUGCUGAGCAGAAAUCUGUCUGACGCUCCUCGAGACAGAGACAGGUUCCUCAAGAAGCGUCAGAAGCUCCUCGACAAGCUGUUGUCUGGAGCAGGACGUUCUGGAGUCGCUGAAGAGACUCAGCGUAGACGCCGCCGCAGACGAGAACUUCCUGUGCCAGAACCUUCCGAGGAGACCAUGUUAGAGCCUGAGACGAGGGGAGGUGAGGAGGCGUGGCCUGAGACGAGGGGCGGCGAUGGGGCGUGGCCCGAGACAAGGGGUGGCGAGGAGGCGUGGCCGGAGAUGAGGGGUGGCGAGGAGGCGUGGCCUGAGACGAGGGGUGGUGAGGAGGCGUGGCAUGUUGGUGUGGCUCAGGACAGUCUUGUCUCUAUGAGGGAUGGUAGUGAAGGGGUGUGUCCUGGGGGCGUGGCAGCAGCUGAGGGGGCGGGGUCUCUGGGCGGUGCUCAGGACAGUCUGGUGUCUGCGGAGGGGCUGUUUGUUUUCCACUGCGUUCCUCCUGCAGCCCAGCAGCACACGCAAACAUCUCACUCACGCAAGAAGAAACGCAACUUCCUGAACUUCAAGAAGAGCAGUGUGGCUCCCCAGCCAAACAUGUGACACUACAUUGCAAAGCAUCAUGGGACUGUAAUUGAGUCUUUUGUGUAUCUCUUGUUCUUUUAUCUUCAGCGGUACAGUGUCCAGAUGUGAGUGUUUUUCCUUCACAAACAUUCACUCAAAUGAUCAGGUCAGAAAGAUGCAUAAACAAAAAGACCUUUGACCUGUAGUUUACAUUCCUUUUUAUUAAUCAAUAAUCUUUUUAUUUUAAUCAACCAUGAUAAUUAAAAAAAGGGACAUGGAAUAACUUAAAACUGUUUUAUUUCUGACACUUGCACAUUUGUCUGCCAUUUGAUUUUGUUUUAUAUGAACCAAAGACUCUUUGUGAAGGCAUCCUUUAUUUAAAAGCUUUGAGAAAUAUCAUUAACUCUUCACAGACGGCUGAAACUGAGUGGAUCGUUGGUCAGUGAAGCUCAGAGCUGCUGUGCUUCUUCAUCAUCUUCAUCAUCUUCAUGUUGCUGUUGUUUUGUCCUUCACAGUGUUUAUUUGCAGCUGGUUUAUCAGAAACCGAACGCCGCUGCGGCUUCAUCCUGACAGACAGAGAGAUGCUAUGAUUGUGUUCACAUUUAUUUAACAAAGAUGACAUCAGUUACAAACUGAUCAAGACUUUAAAUCAGACAGACGUACUUUUCUCUGUUGAAGGCAAUGAAAUCUUCUGCCAGCGAGUCUAAACUUCUUUGCACGUGCGUCGGCUGAGAAACAGACAUAUUUCAUACAUCAAACUGAUGUAUUAAUAAUGAGACCAUCAGACUCAAGGUAAUGUCUUUAAAUACUCAGAAUCAUUCACUCUGAACCGAAUGACUUUCUUUCUUCGGUCUGAUGUCUCACACUGGACAGUUUUCAAGCUUCAGAAAGGACACAGAUUACCUUUAAAACGUCUGAUGAUGAUCUGUGUGAUUUAAAUCAUGAUUCACUGAUCAUCGUCCUCUGUUCUGUCACCGACUCCAGAUGAAUAAUUGAACAUGAUUACAAUGCAGGUCUAAAUUCACACUUUUACGAAUGAAAUCCGCAGAAAGCCUCAAAUAAGUGAAGUCAGAACUAUAAAUGUUGCAUGCACUGCAAAAUAUGAAUCUUUUCUUAAGUAUUUGUUAAGUUUUGUUAUCCAGUGCAAAUGUCUAAAGAUUCUUAAUUCAAGAUACACUUCCUGGAAAAGAACAAUUAAGAUAGAAAGUCUGUUUUUUUUGAGAAACUCAACAAAAUUAAAUGCAUAAUAAUUAUAAAUAAAAAGAAAAACUACCUUCCUGUGAGUUGUUUUUCUUUUCAAUUAAGUGUUUUUUUUUAAGCUUCAAUGUAUCUUAAUAAAAACUGAAACGUAGAUGUGGACCCUUCAGCAGCUCUAGAGAAGAUCAUAUAUAAGAGGGUUUACAGUCUUCUGUAGAGCCGUGUCACAAGUGAAAGUGAUUACUUAAAUGACUAAAUCUUUGUAGAGUUUUUCUUCUUGUUUAUUUUCUGUAUUUAUAUAGCCCUACAGAAAUAAAGUUGACUUCUCUUGG